CACCUGCUGUCAGAGGAAUGAGACAUUUAGGUCACUUUUUCAGUUCUGAGCAAAUAGCGCUCAUCCCUCUCACCAGAGCACAGCCCUGAAGGCAAACAGGACCAGGGCUCAGCAGCUCUGAGACCCAAGGGGAGCCCUGGCAGAAGGGGUGUCCCUGGGGACCAGGCACCCCCCAGCCCUUCCCUCUCCUGUGGUGCUCCCUGCUCAGGUGUUUUAGAAGGAAAAAAACCCAAACCCAGCUCUUUGGGUGGGAUUAUAUGAAGCAAAUUGAGGACUGGACUGCCUGUGGCUGGGUUGCUGCCUCUGUGCUGGAGCCCAGGAGAGGUGCUGGGUGCUGCACAUGGGACAGCUGUGGGCAUGGGGGAGACAGCUUUGUGCCUCCUGCAGCACUGAGGAGGAAGGAGAAGGGGCCAAUUCUCAACCCAUUCAGCAGGAGGAGCAUCUCACCUGGAGUCUGGGAGCAGUUCCCCAUGUCCUCUUCUCUCUGGAGCAGUGUUUGUUUCUUUGGCUCCUCCUGGAACUGAUCCUUCCCAGUAGAGGACUCCCCACUUACACAACUGGAGAUAGUGCCAGCCUGGAGACAGCUUCUGGAGCUGAUGUCCCUGCAGCUCUCACUGCCUAUGGUGUUCCCAGUCCCAUCACCUUUCUCCUGGGUCUGAGUUUUCAGGAGCCUUCACCAUGAUCUUUGCCAACAAGAAGCACUUCCCCACUGCCAUCAUCGGGGUGCUGGUUGUAUUUUCCAUCACUGCCCUUGUCCUCAGCCUGGUGAAGACUGACGAUGUCACCCUGCCACCCACGGUCAAGAUGAAGGCAGAAGAAAUGCUGCCUGGCCACCUAGAAGGGAGGGAAGCCUCCUCUGAAACCAGCACCAGCUUUGCCUUUGAUGUCUUUCAAGGAGAUUAUUGGGACAGAUGGGUAGGGCCCACCCAGUAUGGGCUGGUGUUUGAUGCAGGCUCAUCUCACACCUCCCUGUUCCUCUAUGAGUGGGACUCAGACAAGGAGAACGACACGGGGGUGGUCAGCCAGACCUUGUCCUGUGAUGUCCAGGGUCAAGGCAUAUCAAGCUAUGCCAAGGAUCCCCCCAAAGCUGGAGAUUCCCUACGAGCGUGCCUGGAAAAAGCCCUGAAGGUCAUUCCUGCUGGGAAACAGAGGGAUGUCCCAGUAUAUCUCGGAGCAACAGCAGGCAUGAGGCUGCUGAGGGAACAGAACAGCUCAGCUGCAGCCCAAAUCCUGGCUGAGGCUGCUAAAACCAUACAAGAGUAUCCUGUGGCCUUCAAAGGGGCUCGAAUCCUCACAGGAGAGGAGGAAGGGGCUUAUGGCUGGAUCACCAUCAACUACCUGCUGGAUUCCUUCACCAAGUACUCCCCCAAAGCACACACCUGGGUUCAUCCAGAGGCAGCCAACAUUUUGGGAGCACUGGAUCUUGGAGGAGCAUCCACUCAAAUCAGCUUUAUGCCUGAAGGUUCAGUGAGGAACUGGAGUGAAACCUCCACGUUUACACUCUAUGGGUACAACUACAACAUCUACACCCAGAGCUACCUCUGCUACGGGCAGAAUGAGAUCCUGAAGAGACUGGAAAAGGAAUUAAUUGUGGAGGCAGCCUUCAGCUCUCGAGUUGAGCACCCUUGCUACCCAAAAGACUUCAACGAAACCAUCUCCCUGUCAUCCUUCAGCACCAGCCCCUGCACCAACCAGAGCGACCCAGGCCUGGCAUUCGGUGAUGGGGACGUCACCCUGGAGGGCAGUGGCAAUGCCAGUGCCUGCCUGGCAGCCCUCAGGAAGCUUUUCAACUUCUCAGCCUGUGGGCAGAUCCAGGACUGCACCUUCGAUGGUGUCACCCAACCCCCCCUCACCGGGCAGUUCAUCGCUUUCUCUGCCUUUUACUACAACUUCAAGUUUCUCAACCUGACCAAGGGGCAGCCUCUGGCCACUGUCAGGGAGACCAUCAAGGAUUUCUGCACCAGAAGCUGGGAAGAUCUGUCUUCCAGUUACCCUGAUGAGAAUCCUCAGCGACUGUCAAAAUACUGCACCAAUGCCAACUACAUCCUCACACUCCUCAGUGCCUACAAGUUCAAUGAGAGCAGCUGGAACAACAUCUUCUUUCAGAUGAAGGCAGGGAGUGCAGACAUUGGUUGGACCCUGGGCUACAUGCUGAACCUCACCAACAUGAUCCCAGAGGAGGCUCCAGCACGGAGGAAGGCACAGGUUCCUUCCCUCUGGGCUGCAGCUGUUGCCUUCAUCAUCCUCACCCUCACCUUGGGCUUUGCUGCCCUACUUCUGCUCUUGUGGGGGAGGUAGGAGCUGGGCUGCACUUUGGAGCCUGCCAGGGGUCGAGGGCUGCUGCACCGUGGUGCCCUCUGCUUCUGCCAGCAGGACUGGGACUGACUCGGCCAUGCUGAGCACCUUGACCUCUACAGCACUGAAGAGCCAUGGGCUGACCUCCCAAGGGACUGUCCCCCACAUGCAGAGGCACCACAGGAGGCUUCCAAAGGAUCCCCACUCUUGUGGAGACCUGCUGGGAUAAACCUACACACCACAGGAACCUCAGCCAUGUUUAUCUACCUCCUGGCACCACUAUGGGUGCCUCGAUCCCACCAGCUGGGAAAUGGGGCCAUGGAAAACCACCCUGGCCAUGGAAGAGCUCCCCAAGUGCUAGAGCAGAGCUGCAGGCAUUUGCUGAGAGUGCUUCAUGGGAUGCUGGGUCUGACCAUGGUCACCAGGCAGGUCCCUGCCAUGCAAGGCUCUGCAGUGCCCCAGCUGCAUCUCAUCACAUGCACUGAUUGGCUUUGGAGACCAUCAUUGUGCUUUGUUUGGAUGGUCUUUGAGACAGAAGGCAAAUUGAGCACCUAAAGUCAGAAGCAUGGUCUAGAGGAUCCAUCAUCUCAUCUCAUCUCAAUCUUGCUUUUCUUCUGGGAUAAAGGCCUCAGUGUUCCUGAGUUCUUCCUGGAAACCUCCCUGUCCCACCAGCAGAAGGCCUGGACACUGUCUUACCCUGCCCCUGUGAUGUGGCUGAGCUGGGUGCUGCCCAUAGCUCUGCCCUUUGCCUUUGGUUCUGCCCAGGUUACCUGCCCUGGGGAUGGAUCCUCUGUUACCUGCCACCAGCACAAGGUGCUGACCUUUGGUGUCUCUACAGGAAGGGGCACCCAGCACCACUCCUCACCCAAAUAAACACUGCAAAAGGCAGUGAAGAGGAAACCCCACUGACUUGGCUCCUGAAUGGUUAUGAUUUUAUUGAUUCUGUGUCCCAGGUAAGGGCUGCUGAUGACUCAGGGGAGAGUCAGCAUCACUCAGUGCUACUGGAGAUACCCCUGGAGACUUUGGAGCAUCAGCCAGACCUUGAAGAGGAGCCAGCAGGGCACCAGGACAGCACUUUCUCUUCUGGGAGCUGGGGUCUCACCCCAUCCACCCACUGGCUGGCAAUGGGACUCCCCAAAAAUGUAAGAGGGGCCCUGGGAACUGCUCCUGAUGUGUCUCAGCAGCAUUUCCAAAUCACCCUGUGUGCAGGAAAGGGAGGCACAGGCAUGGGAUGCAGCUGGACCAGAGAGGAACCUGACACAGCAGAGUCUGGGGCUGCUCUUUUUUCCACCCCCCAGGAUCCCCAGGUUUGGGCAGAGCCCAAGUCCCAUCCCCAUCCCAGCUGCCCCAGGGUUGCUGCUGCUCUGGCUGUGGGUGAUGUCCCUGGGAUGGGGAAGGACACAUCCACCCCACAUGGGGGAUCUGCAGGAGGCUGUAAGCAGCCCCAUGAUGAUCCCACUGCUGCCACACUCCCCUGCUCCCUUCCUUGACCCACCCCCUCCAGCUGCCCCGCAUCACUGCAGUCAGGAUGCU